AUGAUAAAUUAUAUAAACAUUUAUGUAAUAAUUAUUAUAUUAUGUUAUCUUGUUGAAAAAAAUGCUACCAUAAAAAUUAGAAGAAUUAACGAUUAUUUAAAUUUUAUACAGCCAAACAUAUUUAGAAAUAUUACAAAAUAUGAUUUAAGUACAACCUUUAAUGUAAUAAGAGAGAAAAAGGGAAAGAAUGAAUUUCCAUCUAUGAAUAAUGUAGACAUAGGUGUGUCCUAUAUUAAUGAGAAGGUAUUAAAUGAAGAGGACACCAAAACUGAUGGUUUAGAAAAAAAAAUAAAUAAAAAUGAUUUGAAGAAUUAUGAUAAUAAUAAAUGUGUUAUUAAUGAUAACAUAAAUGAAAUUGAUAACAUAAGUAAGGUUGAAGAUAUGAAUCCUAUUUUUAAUGAUCAUCAUUUAUCAACAAAUCAUAGUUAUGAUAAUAAUACAAAUGAAGAUGAAAAAUACCUAAAUGGAGAAAUAUUAAAUGAAGAGGAAAUUAAUGAACAUAUGAAAUUUCAACAGUGGUGUGAUAGAUUUAUAUUAUCAAAAGAUGAAGAAUAUUAUUAUGAUAUACAAAAUGAAUGUGUAAACACAAAAUAUUAUGACAAAAUAAAUCAAGUAAAUGAUAAUAUUUACAAGGAAGAAAAUAUAAUGGAAGAUUCAUCUAUACAAUUAGUUCCCUUUUGUAAUCGUAAAAAUAAAGAGAAAAUGUGUCAACCCUUGACAAAACAUAUAAAUGAAAAAUUGAGUUAUGAUUUAUAUACAAAUAAGACUACUGAUAAUGCAAAUAAAAAAGAAAAUUAUCUAUCACCAAAAGAAAGUAAUAAUAAUAAUAAUAAUAUAUUUGAUAGUUCUAAUGAAAAAGAGAGCUCUUUGAAAAAACCUUUUCAUCAAAAAAAAACGACGACAUUAAGCGAAGAAGAAAUUAAUAACUUGUCAAUUGUAGAUAUGACAAAAAGAACUAAUAUGAUACUACCCUUGAGGAGCUUACUCAUGUCAAUUUAUAUUGGAAAAGAAGCUUUUAAUGAUUUUUUACAGAAAGGUAUGAAUUCUAUUGAAUUAAGUCUACAAAAAUAUUUACACGAUUAUUAUGAACACAAUUUUGAAAGAAGUAUAGAUGAAAAGGUUUUUUUAAUGUUUAUUUUAAAAUAUAUAAAAAAAUAUAUUUUACAUAUAAUAUAUAAAACAUUUCAAAUUAAGCUACAAAAUGAAAUAGAUAUAGAUGGUGAUACAAACAUAUUAUCAAAUAAUAAAAAACUUAUAAAUAAUGAAUUAUAUUUAGAAUUAAAUAGUGAAUAUGAGGAAAUUGUAAAUAUACUUGUACAUUUUAUUGAAAAAUUAAAAGAAAAAUAUGAAAUUAAUGAAGAAGGAAUUAUGAAUUAUUUAAUAAAAAAAAAUAGUAUAAUUACAUAUAGUACUCCAUAUACAUUUCAAAAUAAUGAAGAAACAGAAAAACAUAUAAAAAAUAUCUGGACAUUUUUUAAUUUUAAAAUUUUUAAUAACAAAUUACCAUCAUUUGAUUUUAUUAAUUUUUAUUGGAUAUAUGGAAAAGUAGAUAAAUUAUUAAAUAUACCUAAUAUGAAAACAUAUAAAAUUGUUAAUCAAAAUUUUAUAAACUUGCCACAUAUUUUAUUAUGUGCACCUUUAAAAAAUUCACCUUUAUUAUUAAAUUAUACUAUAUUAAAAGUUAUGUAUGAAUAUUAUAAUUUAUUAGAUAUUGAUAAUAAUAUCUUACCUUUCAAAGAUGUUAAAAAUUAUCAAAUCUCAAAAAAAUUUGAUGAUACCAAACAAAAAAUUAUAAAAUUUGUUCAUGGAAUAUCAGGAUUAUUAGAAAAUAUAGAUUUUAAUUUCUACACUCCGUAUAUAGGAGAUUUAAAUUUGACAAAUAAAGAAUCUGCUCAAUUUUUUUCUUAUUUAAAAAAUGUAGUAGGAGAUCAAUAUAAAUUAUCUUAUCAGAUGGGAUAUAAUGAUGAAGUCUCACAUUAUGGUAAACAAGAAAUUAUGUCUGAAGACAUAUCACAUGCUACAUAUAAUAAUAAUAAUAAUGAACAAAACAAAUUUAAUCAUACAGAAAAAGGAGAUAUAACAACAAACAUAAAUGAAAUAGAUAAGAAGAAUAAUGUCGUAUCUAAUUUAGAAAAAAAUAUUUCCAAAAAUAAUGUGUCACAAAAUAAUAUAUCUAGUAAUAUAGAGUUACAAAAUAAUAUUUUAGAUAAUGAUGAAGACGAUCUCGUUUUUCUUAUACUAAAAUCUAAAGUUACAAACGAUAUUAAUAAAGCUAUCAAUAUGGUCACAGAUGUUUACAAAAAGAGAAACCUUAAUAAUAUAUGGGGUAACACAUCAUAUGGAAUACUUAAAAACGAAGAUGGAGAAGAAUACGUAUCAAACAAACAAGAAUUGACAAAUAAAAAUAUGAAAAAAAAAAGCAAUGUUACAUUAUUAGAUAAUGAUAAAAAUGAUACAAAUAAAUUGCAACGUUUUAGAAUCCCUCUAAACGAAUUUGCUUCAUCACUGUUUCUAUGUGAUGUAAACAAUUCUACAAAAUAUUUAACGCAGGGCCUAGAAAAAUUAAAAGAAUUAAAAGAAUAUGAUUUAACAUUUGUGCAUAAUGCACUUUCAUAUACUUGUUUGAAAUUUCUUCACGAUUGUGGUAAUGAAAAUGAAGAUGUAGAUAGUCUAUUAAAAAAAUAUGAAAAAAAUGAAAAAGUCGAGACAACCAAUAAUAUUAUGACAUUACAAAUGAUGGUAGUAAUUGGUGAAUUAUUUAGAAAUAUAAGGAAAUUGAGAACUAAAGAAAAAUAUUUCUUUAAACCUAUAAUACAAACAGACAUUAUAACAGAUUUAUAUAAUGAUAAAAGUAUAUAUGAUGAACAUAUGGAUAUAGAAAAUAUGAAAUACGUUAUGAAUAAUUUAAAAAUUAAAUAUCCUUUACAAAAUAAUAUAACAUUGAAUGAUCAAAAUCGGGAAGAAAUUGCAUACUACUUUUUAAAUUAUUAUACAAAACAUAUUUUUAGAUUUGAUUUACCAAAUAAUAUUGUCAUCAAAUUUGUAGAUAAUAUUUUAGGAUUAACAUAUUAUGAUUAUAAUUAUGAUUAUCUAACUAAUGAUAACAUUAUAUAUAUAAAUAAAAAUAUAACGAAUUCCUUAAUAUUAUCGAGGGUAUUACUAGAUGAAUGUUUAAAUAUUUAUGAGAAAUAUACUACCUAUGUUCAUAAGUAUGGUGGAAAUAGUGAUAGUGAAACCAUAGAAAAGGCCAAAAAGAAAGGAGAAGAACAAAUGAAGGAAAAGCAAAAAACAAAUGAUGAAAGGGAAGAAAUAAUAGAAGAAUUAAAUGAUAAUAAUGAUGAAAAUGAUGAUACUAAUGUUAAUAUGAAUGAAGAAGAUGAAUAUAAAAAUGCAACUGAUUAUACAGAAGAAAAUAUAAAUGUGGAUAGUAUUAACUUGAAUAAUAUUAGAGAUGUAAGUAACACAGAUGAUAGUUUUAUCGAAGAACAAAAGAUAACAAAAAAAAAUUAUGAUCAACAAAAUAAAAUGAAAUCUAAUGAAUAUAUGAAAAUUAUUGAUGAUAUGAAAAAAAACGAAAACAAUAAGCAAGAACAAGAAAAAGAACCAAUAAUUGAUGAUGAAAAUGUAGAUAUAUUUAAUUAUCUCAAAAUUAACCGUAUGAGACAAUUUAUUCGUUUUAUUAUUGAAUAUAAUAAUUGGCCUUUCUUUUUAGAUGAUACAAUAAAUAUGGAAAAUUAUCUAAACUCAGAAGAAUUAUCAUUAUGGAGAAAAGAAAAAAAAUUAAUAAAUAAUAAUAGCUUAAAUAAUUUUUAUAUUAAUAUGCAAAAGAUAGAAUUUUUAAAUAAUAAUAAUAAUAGAAUUAUGGAAAUCAUACAAAAUAGUAUAAAAAAAGAGGAUUGUAAACAUAUUUGGGAACAAAAAAAAAUACCUAUAAAACAUAUAGCUGCAGCUUUAUAUACAAAUAAUUAUAUGAAUUUAUAUAAAAUAUUUCAAAAAGGUAUUCAUGUAUUAUUAACUUUAAAUAUUGAUGAAAUAAAUUAUAUAAUGAAUAAAUGUAAAUAUGCAUGUGAAAUUAUUUAUUAUAAAAGAUUAGAACAAAUAAAAUCCUCAAGUCAUAAUUUAUUAUUCACAAUGUAUAACGAGAAUGUUAGUUCUAUAGAAUAUUAUUUUGAUAAAUUAAAAGAAAAAAUUAUUUUAAUUAGUUUAAUCAAAAAUAAAGAUAUAUUUCAAACACUUAUAGGUUUAAUAUCUUCCAUACUUCCCAAUUCAAACAAAGGUGAUUACAACGAUAUAAUAAAUAAUAAUAUGGACAAAGACAUGAACAAUAAUAAUAAUAAUAAUAAUAUUAAUAAUGAUAAUAAUUAUGAUGGUGUACAUGGUGAUAAUAUGAAUCUUAAUAUGGAAAAAGGUAUUCAUAAAAAUCUAUCAACUAACACAAACAAUUCAUAUGAUUCAUCAUUACAAAAAGGAAAAAACAAAAAUAAUAUAUAUGAAUUACUAUUUUUAUAUGAUAAGGAAAAAAAAAGAUGUGGUACAACCACAUUCUUAAAUAGAAAAAAUGUUACACAUAAUUUAUUUCAGCUAUUCAAUAAAGAUAUAUUUAAUAAUAAACUAAGCAAUGUUGAAAUUGAAUUUGUAAAGGAUGAUCAAAUGUUAUCAAGUCAUAUUAAUUAUAUUAACUCCUUUCAAAAUUCUAAAAUUUUUAUUAAUGACAAUAUUUAUUCUGUUAAUAUAAUAGCAAAUGUGUUGUUAAAAGAAAUGGCUGAAAUAUAUUAUUUCUAUAAUGAAACCAAAAUAGAAAAGGAAAAUAAACUAUACCUUAAAAAUGAAUUUAGAAGUAAGUAUUUACCAGUAAUAUAUAAAUAUUCUAAACCUGUUUUAAAUUUUGAAGAUACAGAAAUGUUUGAUUUUGAUCAAAAGGACAUGACGAAUGGAAAUAAAAAAAUGAAAAUGGAGGAUAAUAACUCUACAGGAAAUGUUAAUAAUAUAACCGAUGAAGGUAAUAAUAAUACAUCCAAUAGUGAUAGUAAUAUAAACAGUAGAGAUAACCAAUUAAAUUCUUAUAAUAAUAUUUCAUCUAAUAAUCUUAAUGAAAACAAACAAAAUGACAGUCCCAUAAAAGACAUGUCACAUAUGACAGAAAAAGAAAAAAAUCAAGAAAGAAAAAAACUUGCAAGCGAAAAAGAUAAAUAUGAUAUACAACAACUUAUAAAAAAAAUUGCACUUUAUGAUCAUGAUGAAAUGUUUAAAGAAAUAUUGGAAUUUCGUAAAGCUAAAUAUAAUGAUAAUGUGGAAAUUCAAAAAUGUUUAGAAGAAUAUUUAUUUACAUAUGACAAAAUAAAUGCAAUAAAAUAUUGUUCAUCUAAUGAAGAAAAUAAUAAUGAUAGCUCAAAUAAAGAUGAUAAUAAUAAUAAUAAUAAUAAUAUAAAUAAUGAAAACACAAAAAUGAAAAAUGAUGAUUUAGAAUUAGUUUUUGGACCUAAUGAUAUUAAAACGUUUUAUUUGAGUUAUAUGUAUAAAUAUAUACAAUAUGUUUUAAAAAAAAGAGAAUAUCCUAUAAAUUUUAAUUAUGUAAAUGAAGAAUGGAUAAAUAACCUUACCGAAUUAGAAAAUCAAAAAAUAUUAGAUUAUUCAACUAGACAUAAUACAGGACAUUUAUAUGAUCUUUUAAUUAAUAGUAAAGCAUGCUCUACAAAAAGAGCACUUGAUAUAUUAAAUGUCAGUUUACAAAAAAAUGAAGAUGAUGAAUUAAAAGAAACUACCCUCGCAAGUAGUGAACAUAAUAACGCCAUACAAAAUUUUGACGAAUAUGUAUUAUGGUUUAAUAAUAAUAAAAAAAAAACUUUUGCAGAUAUAAAUGAACAAGAUAUAUUAAAUAAAGUAAAUAAUACAUCAAUAAAUGUAGAGGAUGAAGUACGAGAUGUUAUAAAGGAAUAUAAUGAAAUCAAUAAAACAGAAAUUAAUAAGGAUAUAGAUCCAAAUAGCAUAACUAUUGAUAAUUUAAAAGAUCUAGUUAAGAAACAUAAUAUAUCAAAGGAAGAUAUACAAGCAGCUUUAAAUCAACUAGAUAUACCUUCAGAUUUUGAUAUUAAUUCUUUAUUCUAA